AUGUGUUUAAAAGAAAUAUUGAGGGAUAAGUUUAUUGAGAACGUUUUCCGGCCAUUACACCACACAAAAGAUGGAACUCGCCACAAUGUUUUGGUUCUCGACGCAUUUGCCACAAAAAUCAUUUCCUCGUGUUUCGCAAUGACCGAAAUCUUUCAAGAAGGUGUGAUGGUCGUCGAGGACCUUUCAAAACGCCGCGAACCAUUUCCCAAUAUCGAUGCAAUCUAUAUUAUGAAAGCCACCAGAGAUUCUAUUGAUCGAUUAUCCCUAGAUUUCACCUCAAAAACCGGCCAAUAUAGGCAUAUUCAUUUAUUUUUUCUAAACUCUUGCCCAGAUGAUUUGUUUCGGCGCCUUUCAAAAAGUUGUGUCUCGAAACGAAUUCGAACUCUCAAAGAGCUCAUGAUCUCCUAUUGUCCUCUCGAAUCUCAAGUAUUCCUCACGGAUGACGUAAAAUCGGAAAUUGAUGGCGAUAUCAGUGAAAUCGCUUCGGGAAUCGCGAGCUUCUGCGCGAAUCUCGACGUCUAUCCGCUAUUAAGAUAUCGCUCAGAUUUCGGACGAAGCGCCGAAUUGUGCUAUCGCGUCGAGCAGAAGCUCGACGAGCUCAUGAAAUUCAACCCAAAAAUGGGCAUCGAAACCGACGCGCAAUUGAUUAUUGUCGACCGCAAUUUCGAUCUACUCACACCGCUUCUGCACGACGUCACGUUCCAAUCGAUGUGCGCCGAUUUGCUCGGCGUCGAAGCGCCGGUGUGCACGCUGACAUCGGCGAGCGGCGAGAAAAAGGAGGUGGUGCUCGACGACGACGAAUGGAACGCGACGAAACACAUGCACAUCGCGAGCGUGUUGAGUCGCGUCGCCGAGAAGACGCGAGAAGCGCAAAAAACCGCGCGCGCGAAAUCGCCGAUGAAGUGCUCGCUGAGAGCGCUCGGCGAGACCGUCAAACGAUUGCCGAUGCAGCAGAAAAAAGUCGACAAAAUCUCAAUAUACGUGCAAUUGGCCGAGAAUUGUAUGAGGGAGUUCAAUAAAGGUCUCAACGAGAUUUGCAUUAUAGAGCAGGAUUUGGCUGUUGGCUAUACGACAGAAGGAGCUCCAAUUCGAGAUAUUUCAAUAAUGUCGAGAAUGUCGCCGAUUCUCGUGCCGAUCGCCAUCGAGAAUCCGACGAAAUUGUCGGAGGCGACGCGUGUUCGCCUCAUUCUCAUCUACCUGCUCACGAUCGGCGCGCAAACCGAAGAGCACUGCGAGACGCUCAUGCGAUUGUCGCAAAUUGGCGAUUAUUACUAUCCGAUGAUUUGGAAUAUGAUGAAAAGAGCAAAAAAGAGCGAAUUUCGGGUGAAGAAGAAGUCGGUGGCGACGUACGACGGCAAAUUCGCAACAAAUCGCUGGCAGCCGAUGAUUUUUGAUGUGAUUCGCGAGAUUUUUGAGGAAAAACUCGAUGAGAAGCAAUUUCUUUAUAUGGGCAGACGGCCGAUUGCCAAGAAACACGAGAUGGCGAAAUCGGCGAGAUUUGGCACCAAUGGCGAAAUGGCGAAGAAAUUCGAGAAUCGAAAGAAAUUGAUUUUAUUUAUUGCCGGCGGAAUCACGUAUUCUGAAAUGCGAGCAAUUUACGAGCUGACGCGACAACAGACCGACUGGAUUGUGUAUCUCGGCUCGAAUCGCGUUCUGACACCCAAUAAAUUCCUCGAAAAUGUUCGAUGCGACCCUUGA